GGGAUGUGUAGUCAUGCGGUGCAACUGUGCCAGUGUGAGCGCAAACGAGACGACUACAGAUCCCGGCAUGCACAGCGGCUCACUAGUUACACACCGAACGGAGUUCCCUCCCGUUCACCGUUCGCUUCAUUAACAAAGAAGUAGUUCGGUGUCAUGGCGGAGUCCGCGGCAUGUCCAGCCUUCCAGCUCGGGAGACCCCGCUAUGAGCAGGGUUCGUUCCUCGGUCGACUGAGACACUUCAUCGACGUCAUCGACCCCAGCACCCUGUUUGUGUCUGAGAAACGAUUGAAAGAAUGCGUGAAACUGCUUGAUGACUACAAACAUGGCGCGCUCCCCCCCGGAGUGUCCGAUCUUCAGCUGUGGGAAGCCCAGAAGAUCAAGCAGGCCAUCAUUCAUCCCGACACGGGAGAGAAGAUCUUCAUGCCAUUUCGAAUGUCAGGUUAUGUACCAUUUGGAACCCCGAUUGUCAUUGGCCUCCUACUUCCAAAUCAGACUGUGGUGUCCACCAUUGUAUGGCAGUGGCUGAACCAGAGUCACAACGCCUGUGUGAAUUUUGCAAACCGCAAUGCCACCAAGCCAACGCCAACAUCCGAGUUUCUUCAAGGCUACGUGGGGGCUGUGACCAGCGCGGUUUCCAUCGCAGUGGGGCUGAAUAUGCUCAUUCAGAAGGCCAACAGGCUGAGUCCUGCCACCAGAAUGAUAAUUCAGAGACUGGUCCCCUUCCCAGCUGUAGCUAGUGCAAACAUCUGUAACGUUGGCCUGAUGAGACACAGUGAGCUAUCUGAAGGAAUCGAUGUGCUCGACAACAACGGGAACGUUGUGGGUUCCUCCAAAAUUGCUGCAAGACAUGCGAUCACCGAGACCGCCUUCACACGUGUGGUCCUCCCGAUGCCGAUCUUUGUCCUGCCCUCCAUCAUCAUGUCCUACCUAGAGAGGCUGCGAUUCCUGCAGAGCAACCGGCGGUUACUGCUUCCCAUCCACAGCCUCGUGUGCCUGGUUACCUUUGGCCUCUCUCUGCCCGUGGCCAUCAGCCUGUUCCCCCAGAUGUCUCAGAUUGAGGUGUCUUGCCUCGAGCCGGAGAUUGCCAUGGCAACAGAUUGCAAAGUGUUGACCUACAACAAGGGUUUAUGAUGGACGCCCUGAUGAAGGAGAGAGGAGAGCGGGAACAAAGGGGAACGAGGAUGGAAAUGAGGGUGCAUUUGUCUAUGGCGGUCGGUUCAGGAGCCACCAGCCUGUAGAUCAUCAGUACUACCACAGGGUUUUAUUCAACGCUUCCCAAGAUCAUAGCAAUUAUUGAGUGCAGGUUUAUAAAAGAAGAAGCUCUGUGUAUAGAAAUAAGGAUAUAUUUACUGUUGAAUCAGUUUUUUUAGCAUUAAUGAAGUUGUGUUUCCCACACAUGCUUUUCAUUUAAUGAAAAAGGGUUCAAGCAAUGACAGACUUUUUCCUGGCUUUUUUCGCCAAAAGUCUUACCAACAUUGAAUUUAUCUUUAUCUAAAGCCCACAUCUCUUUUCAACCUUUUUAAAAUCUUGUUGAAAAAAUAACUACGUGACUGUUUGUCACUCGUUGCAUUUAUACAAUCAGAUUUUUAGAAGAGGUGAAACUAUUCUAUUGUUUGGGGGAAGUUUAAAAAGAAAAGAAAAAUAUAAUAUAAUCUUUUGCAGUUGAAAUGUCUGCGAGAUAAAUGGUGCAACCCCAAGAUUAGAUUGUCCCUAAAUCUACAAUGGUGCAUUUCCUGUGUGAUUCAUAGUCUAGCCCGUGAAAAAACUGCCCUCUGCUGGACAGAAAACCACAAACGUAUUCAACUCCUGGGCCACAAUUUGUGUUGUCAACAUAUGCUGAUCCUGAUAAAUGUGCAAUAAGCUCAUAUAAAUGGUGUCUAUGGCUCUAGUCUCAUGUAAUAUGAGAGACAAACGGAGCAUUGAGUGAAAGCUUCCCCCACAGCACACCUUUGUUGUAAACAUGUUCAUCAUGUAUCAUGUAUCAUCUGAAGGAAGAGAACCUACUGGAUAUGCACCAAUUUGAAGCUGCUCUCUCUGUCUAUUAAUCUCAAUGGGGUAAUGUGGGCACUGUACUGUAGGGAGUAGUUUUAACACUGUUCAACACGUAUUUAGACUGAUGUACAGAAUUGUAUUCUGGACCUUCUGCUUCUUAUAAUAAUCAAAACUACAUGUUUUAGUUGGAAGGAGAUUUGACUCCAGUUCUACUUUCUAUAACUGCUACUCCUGCUUUUCCUAAUGCUUUAGUAUGUACAAUAUUUAAUAUAAUAUAAAAGUAUGACCGAUAUAUACUGCUCAUUAUGAAAUAGUAUUUGUAAUUAUUUGUAUAAUACGUCUCCUUAAGUUUAUCAGAUGUUUGCCAGUCAAACAAUGUAAAACCUUUAUCUAUAUUAUCAAUAAAUAAUGUAUAAUAAAUACUAAA